AUGGCUCGUUAUAUCUCCGGAAGCCCCGGUUGUGGGCCCGCCGAGCUCACACCCAGUCCCCUUUCCACGCCCACGGCUGCAACACCCGCUGGCGUGGGCGCCCCUUGUCGUUCAGUAACCGCCUCGAUCCCUUGGUUUUUGGCGUCCAAUGCGACGAUUAGCGUGGAGGUGGUGCAGGCCGACAGCCCCAGCGUGGGCGUGCAGCCGUGGGCGGUCUGGCGACAGAGCGGCCACAAGGGGCGUCACUGGCUCUCCACUACCGUGCUCGUGCCGCCCAUGCAGGACAUAGAGCGCUAUAAGAUCGCGUUCCUCGUCUCCCACGACAGCCACGCCCACCAGUCUCAGCAACUCCACUUGGCCAGCCUCGAGUUCAAGGUCGUGCUUCCUGAGGCGCUGAGUGAUGUGGGUUUGUCUCUUUCCUUCGAACCUUCAUUUUAA